UUGGUUGAAACUCUCCCGUACCGGCUCCCUCUUUGUCCCCCCUUGAGCCUGGGAAUGGGUGUGAUCUCCGAGUAGGAGUGUCUCUGCGGUUAAGUAGAGGAUUGAAUUACCGAACGCUGCUGUUCCCGAGCUGACAAGGUAGCAGAGCAGCGAACAAAAAGUGCCUUGAAACUAGGCAAAGAGGAGAGAAGGCGCUGGGUUUGGUGGAGAAGGGAGACCUGUGAGGACACUCUGCACUUUCCAGCAAGCUCAGACCGCAGGAUGACAGACAGUGACACAAAUCUCCCAACCAUCGAGAGGAAGCUGGGACUGCAGAUAUGGGGCAUAGAGAAUAUGAAGAUGGUUCCUGUACCUGAAAAGGCUUAUGGGACCUUUUUUGAAGGAGACUGUUACAUCAUUCUGCAUACCAAAAGAACCUCUCGUGGCACUGCUGUGGAUUUGCAUUACUGGAUUGGGAAGGAUUCCUCCCAGGAUGAGCAGGGGGCUGCAGCCGUGUACGUCACCCAGCUGGACAACGCGCUCGGGGGGAGCCCUGUGCAGCACCGGGAGGUCCAGGGACAUGAGUCUGAGACCUUCCAGAGCUAUUUCCGCAACGGCAUCAUCUACAAGAAGGGAGGAGUGGCUUCAGGAUUUAAGCAUGUGGAGACCAACAUGUACAACAUCAAGCGCCUUCUCCAUGUCAAGGGGAAGAAGCACGUGUCAGCCACAGAGGUAGCGCUUUCCUGGGACAGUUUCAAUAAGGGCGAUGUUUUCUUGCUGGACCUUGGGAAAGUGCUGAUUCAGUGGAAUGGACCCAGCUGCAGCAUUGCUGAGAAAUCCAGGGGUCUGGCGCUGGCUCGCAGCAUCAGGGACAGCGAGAGGGGUGGCCGUGCUCAGAUUGGCAUCAUUGACAACGAGAAGGACUCCCCAGACCUGAUGCAGAUCAUGAGGAUGGUGCUGGGAGAGAGGCGUGGGGAGCUCCGAGAUGCCAUCCCGGACACGAAGGCGGAUGAGCUGCAGAAGGCGAACGUCCGGCUCUACCAUGUCUAUGAGAAGGACAACGACCUGGUGGUACAGGAGAUCGCCACCCGGCCCCUGACACAGGAUCUGCUCCAGCACGAGGACUGCUACAUUUUAGACCAAGGUGGUUUCAAAAUUUACGUCUGGAGAGGAAAAGCCUCCAGCCCAGAAGAGAAAAAAGCAGCCUUCACCCGAGCUGUGGGUUUUAUCCAAGCCAAAGGCUAUCCUUCAUCCACCAACGUGGAAGUGAUCAAUGACGGGGCGGAGUCAGCCAUGUUCAAACAGCUCUUCCAGAGGUGGACGGAAAAGAACGAAACACAGGGGCUGGGAAAAGUCUACACUACUGGAAAAAUUGCCAAGGUGGAGCAGGUGAAGUUUGACACCACUCAGCUCCAUGCCAGGCCAGAGCUGGCUGCUGAGCAGAGGAUGGUCGAUGACGCCUCUGGGGAGAUCGAGGUGUGGAGGAUUGAGGACUUGCAAAUGCAGCCAGUGAAUCCCAAGACAUACGGGCAGUUCUACGGGGGCGAUUGCUACCUGGUCCUGUACACCUACCUGAGAUCAGGCAGGCCCCACUAUGUCCUCUACAUGUGGCAGGGCCGCCACGCCUCUGUGGAUGAAAUCACUGCCUGUGCCCUCAAUGCCAUCGAGCUGGACAAGAAAUAUGGGGACGAGGCCGUGCAGGUGCGGGUGACGAUGGGCAAGGAGCCCAGACACUUCCUGGCCAUCUUCAAGGGCAAGCUGGUCAUCUACGAGGGUGGGACCAGCCGGGCUCAGAAAAGCGCUCCCGAGCCAGCGAUCCGCCUCUUCCAGGUGAGGGGCACGGAUGAGGUGAACACAAAGGCCACAGAGGUGCCAGCCAGAGCCUCCUCCCUCAACUCCAACGAUGUCUUCCUGCUGACCACCAGCCAAGUCUGCUACCUGUGGUGUGGGAAGGGAUGCAGCGGAGACGAGCGGGAGAUGGCAAAGAUGGUAGCUGACAUCGUUUCCAGACGGGACAAGCACACCAUUUUGGAAGGACAAGAGCCAGCAGAGUUCUGGGAAGCUCUGGGAGGCAAAGCACCUUAUGCCAGUGAAAAGAGGUUCCAAGAGCAGAUCACACACUACCAGCCUCGCCUCUUCGAGUGCUCCAACCAGACGGGCCGGUUCAUCAUGACAGAGGUGGUGGGCUUCUGCCAGGAGGACCUGGAUGAAGAUGAUGUCAUGCUGCUGGACACAUGGGAAGAGAUUUUCCUUUGGGUUGGCAAAGCCUCCAACGAAUACGAGAGGAAGGAGGCCAUUGCCUCAGCUAAGGAGUAUCUCAAGACCCAUCCAGCAGGGAGAGACUCGGCAACCCCGAUAAUCCUGGUGAAGCAGGGCUACGAACCCCUCAACUUCACAGGGUGGUUCAACGCUUGGGACCCCUACAAAUGGAGCGAUGGCAAGUCCUAUGAGGAGAUGAAGAACAGCUUGGGAGACGUGUCGGCUAUAUCUGAGAUCAAAGUGGACCUUAACAACAUCAGCCUGAACAAGAGGACCCUCAGCGUGACCAGCUUGGCCAGUUCAAGCAAUCCAAAUGCUUCCUCGGAGUAUAAAUCCCACUUCAACCACAGUGACAGCAACAGCUACAGCAACAGCAGCAACUACAACAGCAACAGCAGCCCUUCCCUGAUGCCCAAUGGUGAAGGAGUUUACUCCCGAGAGGUGCUGAUGAACAGGACGGUGGAUGAACUUCCAGAGGGCGUGGAUCCCACUAGAAAAGAGUUCUAUCUCUCCGAUGCCGAUUUCCACGACAUCUUCGGGAAGUCCAAGGAGGAGUUCUACCAGAUGCCCAAAUGGAAGCAGCAGAACGAGAAGAAACAGUGUGGACUCUUCUGAGACCACAGGGGCCAUCCAGCAUCCAGUGACUCUGGGACCAACCCUCGCCCUCUUAGGAGCUGCAGGGAAGAAGUGCAGGCAUUUGCUCAGCGAACCCAGGCCCAGCUCCAACGCAGUUAUCCCAGCAGCCACUGCUCAGGGGAUGGCUCCUUCCUGCAAACCCAGAAUGCCAGGAGGCGAAACCUUUUGCUGGAACAGCUUGGCAGGAUGUUUUUGCCUCUUCCCGACACUUUAUUGCUGAUAGCCACGAAGACAAGUGUGUGCCACACAACUGUAUUGUAGCCUCUUCUUUCGUUUCCCUUUUGCAAAUCGCCACGUGCACAAGGUCAUGAUAUCCCUUCCUUUGUAGAAGUUUAAAAUUAGGCAAGACAAAGGCCAUUUGCAGCUGCUGUGUAAAUGCUGGGUGGGGAAAGGAGGGGGAAGCCCUAAGAGGAUA